GUUGAAAUUCUCUCUGUAAUUAACAGCUGUCUUCGAGUUCGCGCUGUACAAAUUGCUUAGCAUGGCUUUCACACUGUCUGUUUUCCUUAUAUUGUUCUCUCUACAUCUCGGUCUAUCUUACUCGCCAAAUCAUGCGAAGAAUAAUCCACAAAGAAAGCUGUUGUCUUACUUGUUCGGCAAAUACUCGAACAAAGGGGAAAAGUUUUUGCCUGUGAAAAACUAUAGUGACGCGGUUACUGUUCAUUUCGAUAUCACUUUAAUUAAAAUAAAAGAAGUGAACGCCAAAGAACAGACGAUACAAGUUCAUGUGUGGAUCCGUCAGAAGUGGACAAAUCCUUUUUUGAAUUGGGAGAACCAGACGGAGUUCAAGGAAAUAUCUUCUAUCAAUGUUAAGCCGAGCAGCGUUUGGACUCCGGACAUCAUCUUGUAUUACAAUGUAGAUGAACAAGAUCGUACUGGCGGUGGUGAAGAGACUUACAAGACUUUGGUGAAGCUUUACAAAAAUGGAACAUGUUUGUGGUCAAGUCCUGCUCUUUUCAAAGCAAUUUGCACUAUAGACGUGUCGUACUUUCCCCUUGAUAAGCAAAGAUGUAUUCUCAAGUUCGGUUCUUGGACAUACGAUAGCAAAAAGCUCAAACUAAUGACAACAAGUAACGGGACUCGUCCCACAAAUGAUUACAUCAAGAAUGGUGAAUGGGAAAUCUAUAGAGUGAUGAGAGAAAACUGUACUUUAAAGCGCGAAAACGACACUUGGAUGGUAGUUCAAAUGACGAUCGAAAUGAAGCGUCAGAAUUUGGAUUACUUCAUCAAUCUGGUGAUACCUUGUUUAAUGAUCUCUUGCAUGACAUUUCUUGGCUUCAUCCUACCUCCAGAAUCUGGCGAGCGUAUCGGUCUUAGCAUCACAGUGUUGUUGGCGAUGACGGUAUUUCAACAACUGACCUCAGAAAUCAUGCCUUCAUAUGGCUUUCCGUUACUGGGGCAGUACUAUUUUGCAACAAUAUUGGAAAUUGGAGCUGCACUUCUUGCAACGACGAUAAUUCUCAACUUUUAUCAUCGCACUAAUCGUAAAAUGCCUCGUUGGAUGCGUGUCGUUCUGCUACAGUGGAUGUCUAGGGUCGUGUUUCUUCGUGAGUCUGCUCAAAAGUGCAUCAAAGUUGACAGAAAAACAAUCAAUCGUGGAAUUCGUGAAAACGUUGAUGCGAUCAUUAAUAACGGAUACGUUUUAGGUGAAUAUCAACGUGGCCCUACUUCUGCAGGCACAACUCGUAACCAGUAUCAUGAAACAGGAUGCGAAAUUGACGAGAGUCGCGCAAAACCUACAACUGAUCACAAUGUUCUCAAAGUCACUCUUGGCUCAAUUGGAAGCGAACUGGCGUCACAAAAUGUUCAAAACGACAAAGCGUAUUUCACCGACGAGACUGGGGAGACUGUAAGCGAAGAUGUGAUGCGAAUACGUCACCAGCAAUGGACGUUGGCCGCUAAAAUACUGGAUCGUCUUUUUCUGUGGAGCUCAAUCUUCAUCGGUGGUGCAACGAUGCUUGGAAUUUUUUUAAGAACGCAAAGAAAUUGGGAUGGCAGUGGUAGACGCUCGUUCUGUGAGGUUUUUUGAUGCAGCCUUAGUAUCAUUCAAAACUAACACCGACAAAACUAUCACAGAUAACUACACGAUCCCAUUUAGUCUUCAACGUCCACCUUACAAUAAUCAAAUGAUUUCUACUUCUAGAAUGUAUUGCGUAAGGUUAUAUUUAUUAUUUAUGGUUACAGAAAGCUAGAAACUAUGAAAAUAUUGUGGCGAUUGCACAUAAGUAUCCCUAAAAAUAGUUAUUUUGAUUUAAUUAUUCGCAUUUAAUGUUGACGACGAGUUUUUUGAGAAAUGUUUCGGCAUCUCAUGAUGCCAUGAUUCACUAAUGAGAGGAAGAGUUGAACGCAUGUUUGAGAAGAUUUCCUUUGAAAGACUGAUCAUUCAUUGGCAAGAAUAUAUGAAAUAUUUAUCAUUUGCUUGUAAAUUAUUCAAAUUCAUCAGUAGAAUCAGAGAAGCCCGAUAGGAAACAAAUUAUAUAUUGUUGAAUUAA